UGAAUACGGAGCGGUGCCGUGCGCGCUCGGGUCCGGGUUUUCUUUUUCUCCCCUCCCAUCUAUUUCCUCCUCGCCUGCCACGAGUUUACCUUCACUUGUUCAGCCUUCACUCUGAGAGGAGGAGGAUGGUAUGUGAUUGGCCAGGCGGGGACUGGUAGUCCGGAGACUGGCAUUGUGCUCCACGUUGAUCCCGGUGUUCUUGUUUACACCUUGCGGACCGGGACGAGACAAGUCGCCCAGGAUCCCCCAACAACAGACUCGGGAGUCCAGUUGGCUGUGGACGCGGCAAUCUGACAACAUCUCCCCGUGGUUCUUAUUUUGUACGGUCGCAAAAUAAGUUACUCUGCUGGGAAUCGGACUCGCUAUCGCCUGAUGUAACCUCUCCGUGCAGAGCAGCAAUGCGUCAAACUUUUUGGUGACUUUUGUGGCACCACUGCGCGCUCGUGGCUCCUAGGCAAGCAGAGUAAGUGCAGCUGGAAAUGAAGACUACCGGGAAUGUGUUUCUUAAUAUUCACAGGGUGUGAUAUCUACGGUCCUCUCCAAAGUCCGAUUACGGGCGGACGUGUUUUGUCAAGAGUGAACUAUUUACCAAAACAACGUCAAUUACUGGAUUCUUUGGUUUUUUAGGAAGGAGAGACUUUGUUUGACGAGAGCCACUAACGCUGUGUGGGAGACCCCGGGACGUUUCGCCACGUCGUAUACGGAAAAGAUGCCCUGUGUUCGGAUGCAGCGUGACCACGGUCUCGGUCCUCUGAUGCUUCUCCUCUUGGUUGGAGGAUACGUCGUGUCUGGCACUGAGAGCACCGACUACAGCGAGGCCGAGGUUCUCCCCGACUCCUUCCCAUCAGCACCAGCAGAACCUCUCCCAGAAUUCCUGUUGGAACCGGAGGACGCUUUUAUCGUUAAGAACCGUCCAGUCCAGCUACGGUGCCGGGCAUCACCAGCCACCCAGAUCUACUUCAAAUGUAACGGAGAAUGGGUCAAUCAAAAUGAUCAUAUCACCAGAGAGAGCCUGGACCAGAUCACGGGUCUGGUGGUGAGGGAGGUGGACAUCUCGGUGGCGAGGACUCAGGUGGAGGAGCUGUUUGGUUUGGAGGACUACUGGUGCCAGUGUGUGGCCUGGAGCUCGGCUGGAACCACCAAGAGCAACCGUGCCUACGUUCGCAUUGCAUACCUGAAGAAAAACUUUGAGCAGGAGCCACUGGGGAGGGAGGUGCGACUCGAACAGGAGGUGCUGCUUCAGUGUCGGCCCCCGGAAGGCAUGCCCGCUGCCGAGGUGGACUGGUUGAAGAAUGAGGAUGUCAUAGAUCCAUCGCAGGACACCAACUUCCUGAUCACCAUCGAUCAUGAUCUGAUCAUCAAACAGGCCCGACUCUCUGACACAGCCAACUACACCUGUAUGGCUCACAACGUGGUGGCCAAAAGACGCAGCAGCACGGCUACGCUUAUUGUUUAUGUGAGCGGAGGUUGGUCUUCUUGGACUGAAUGGGCAGACUGUAAUGCUCGGUGUGGGCAGGGCUGGCAGCGCCGAACACGCAGCUGCACCAAUCCUGCCCCUCUGAAUGGAGGAGCCUUUUGUGAAGGCCCACCCUUCCAGAGAGUGACCUGCACCACACUUUGCCCAGUGGAUGGAGGCUGGACAGACUGGGCAAAGUGGUCCGCCUGUGGGACAGAGUGCACCCACUGGCGCAGUCGUGAGUGCCAAGCCCCCCCACCUAGAAACGGAGGAAAGCACUGCGGUGGCAGUUUGAUGGAGAGCAAGAACUGCACUGAGGGGUUGUGUGCACGAGAUAAAAAGAUUUCUAUUGAACAUGCAAGCCAUCCGCUGGCCCCAGCUAUGGGUGUCGCGGUCUACGCUGGUCUGGUGGGGGCCCUGCUGCUGUGUGUGAUUCUGGUGUUGUGCGUGGGAGUGCUUGCAUAUCGCCGCAGAUGCCGCCAUCUCCAUGGAGACAUCACCGAUUCUUCGUCUGCUCUCACUGCCGCCUUCCACCCUGGCAACUACAAGCCCCCCAGACAAGAUAACCCUCACCCUCUGCAUCCCUCAGCUCCUCCGGAUCUGACAGCCACAGCGGGAGCUUUCCGUGGGCCACUUUACUCCUUGCAGCAGGGGGUCAAUGACAGCCCCCACAAAAUCCCCAUGACCACAUCUCCCUUGCUGGACCCAUUGCCAACUCUCAAAAUCAAGGUGUACAACGCCUCCACUCUGUCCUCCCUGGAGCUCCCCGUGGAUAUGGGUUUAGGUGAUGGAGAGAUCCUCAGCCUGAUGUCAGUGGGUACUAUGGGGAGAGAACGAGAUUAUCACAGCCACACCCUCUCCAGAGAGCCUGGGCUGAGCACCAGCGCCACCCUGGGUAAUCUGGGAGGACGCCUUACCAUCCCCAACACAGGUGUGAGUCUGCUGGUACCUCCUGGCACAAUACCCCAGGGGAAGUUCUAUGAGAUGUACCUUAUUAUUAACAAGUGGGACAAAACGACGCUACCCUCUGAGGGAAGUCAGACUGUACUGAGUCCUGUGGUGAGCUGUGGCCCAUCCGGUAUGUUGCUGAACCGUCCCGUGGUCCUUACUUUGCCACACUGUGCUCAGCUAGACACACCCACACCUGACUGGACCCUCACACUCAAGACACAGACUCACCAGGGGGCAUGGGAGGAGGUGCUGACGGUGGGAGAGGAGACUUUGUCGUCUCCUUGCUACUUGCAGCUGGAGGAGGAGUGUUGUCAUGUUCUCAUGGAGCAGCUGGGAACAUACGGUCUUGUGGGCCAAUCCUGCCCCCCGCAGCCUGCUUGCAAACGGCUGCAGUUGGCAUUGUUCGCCCCUCGAGCGCCCUGCCUCUCCCUGGACUACAGCCUUCGCAUCUACUGCAUCCAUGACACCCCACAUGCACUCAAGGAGGUGCUGGACUUGGAGAGGAGUCUAGGAGGAGUGUUGCUGGAGGAUCCCAAGCCUCUGUUUUUCAAAGACAGUUAUCACAACCUGCGCCUGUCCAUCCACGACAUUCCUCACACUCACUGGAGAAGCAAACUUCUGGCAAAGUAUCAGGAGAUCCCGUUCUAUCACAUCUGGAGCGGCAGUCAGAGACCCCUGCACUGCACCUUCAGCCUAGAGAGAGGAGGCCUGGCUGUGUCACAGCUCACCUGUAAAAUCUGUGUGCGACAGGUGGAAGGGGAGGGACAGAUAUUCCAGCUUCAUACCGAUAUUCAGGAGACUUUACCUCCGCACUCACCCCUCCCGUCAGAAGGCACCUACCUGCCUUCCUCUCAAGUGGGACCCUUUGCCUUUCGCUUGCCUGACUCCAUCCGCCAGAAGAUCUGUGCCAGUUUGGAUGCACCCAGUGCUCGAGGAUGUGACUGGAGGCUCCUGGCACGCAGUCUGGGCUUUGACAGGUACUUGAACUACUUUGCAACAAAGCCUAGCCCCACAGGUGUUCUGCUGGACUUAUGGGAAGCGUGUCACCAAGCUGACGCAGACCUGGUCUCUCUGGCGACUGCGCUGGAAGAAAUGGGCAAAAGUGAGGUGCUAGUUGUCAUGACAACAGAUGGGGAUUGUUGAUUGGUCAAGGACCAAGAGAGCGAGCCAGACUUUUUUUCUUUUCUCCACCGUGAUGAAAAUAAGAAUACCUGCUGAUAAAUAUGCACAAACCAUAAGCCCACAGAGCGUUUUGGGUCCUUCACAUGCACUGUAUUACCUCUGCCUCAUCUUCCUUUUCACUGACCCCUGAUCAGCCACUGUAGCUACAUGCCCACCGUCAACCCAUUCCUAUGAUAACUGAUGAUCUGAUUCUGCCUGAAUCCUCCAAAGCAAUGUUGCAUCUACAAGAUGUGAAAACAAUUUGAGGGUACGAAAGCGUAAAAUGGGUGCAAAGUCAUGUGGUGUUGACUGUCUUUUUCAAAGAUUGAAAAUGAUGCUAUUUUUGUAUCUAGAUAACAGAAGCUUUGAGACAAACAAAUAAAGCACGCACAAUAACGCAAACAGACAAAUGCUAACACGGGAUUAGCCAUGUUUCAGUUGGGGCAUGAAAGAGCAUGAUCACCAUCUCACCUCAUGGCAGGGGCUUUUGUUUUCUCCAUUGUCAUUCUGUGUGUGCAGUGAUCGACAGGCCGCACCAACCUGUCUAAAACCUCCUCAGGCUAUAGACACCCUCCAUCAUACACACUCGCACACAGAGUAACCCCGGAAUCAGGCUUGACUUUCUCGUCCAACUGCUUGGACUGUGGAUAAAUUACAUGAGGUCCGUUUGAGAAAGUGGUAGGGGUUUGAAUUGUGAAGUGUAUUGAAGAAUUUGCAGAUAUCUAAACCGACAGACUCUUUAUAUUGUACCAACAAAUGCCUCAAAGCCUUGGCAUAUCAUUCCAACUCACUGGGGUGUUUCCCUUUCCUCCCUCGCGCUGCCACACUCCUCCGAUCUGUUGAGAAUAAACUGCAGAAGAGCUUUCUGGUCAUUCCUUAAAAGUUUCCUCUGGGGAACGCUCUUUAAGUUAUUAUCCAUAGUUGUGGAUUUUUUUAAUUUCAUUGUCAGUUCUGUUACGAUCAUGCAGAACCUGUUCGAUCAUCUGUGCUUAUUUAGGCUGCUGAGCCGCUGUGUUGUUUUCAUUUUUUAACUCGAGUAGAGCAGGCCAAAUGGGAGUUAUGUGCAUCGUGGAUGUCUCAGUUGUGAAUAACAAAACCAUGUGUAUUUGUUAUUUUUAAUACAAAAUGUAAACUGUAAAAUAUGAUUGGAAGCGGUCAAAUGUCCAGGUGAAUAUGAUGUAUUUCUUUGGCAUUUUGCUUCGCUGUAACUGAGGGCAGUUUCCCUUGUUCAGCGAUGAAUAUUACAGAGUAUAUUAGCCUUUCCUUAAAUCAACUUGGCAGAGAGGGACCAUAAAAUUGACCUCAACACGAAUACAUUAUGUUUCAAUCUAUUCUCUGUCCACCACUUAUCUAUGUUUCCAUCUGUCUAUCCAUCACCCUGUAACUCAUUAUGUCUCCCUUCUCUCAAUUUUAUAACGUAUUGUUAAUCGUUAUACUAAGCCGCCUGCUUUGUGGUCAGGGUCCUCAAGCUUUUUCAAUUGUCAAUAUUGUUUCUGUUAGUUAUUGUGAGAUGGAAAUUUUUAUAUUUUUAUCUUUCAACUCCAUGUGUUUUUGAGGGUUUUUUUCUUCCCUCAAAGCAAAAUAAGUGUUCAUAUCAUUGAAACCACAAAAACCAAAACACAAGCAGUAUCCUCCCCCCCCCCCUCCCUUCUCCAACAGCAGUGAGUCAUGUCACUGUUUUUUGUGAAUGAACUGAAGACACGAGUGUGUUUGUGUGCGUGAGUGUGAGUGUAUGAGUGGGCAGGUGGGCGUGCACGUACUGUGUGUGCAUACGCUUAAGCGCUGUCAUUUCUCUUUGUAAGUGCUAUGCAAGUACAAAAAAAUAGCGAAGCAAUUUUGACUUCUUUUGUUUCCGGGAAGAGUAAUUCUAUUUUUUCAGAUUAGGGCAUUGACAGGGUUUUGAUUUUGUAUCCUAAAGUGGUUUAAAAUGUUUGGUUACAGUGGUAUGUGUAAGAAUUCUUCAUCUGGAUCGGAAGGAUUGGAUCAUGGACUAAGAAAGUUGCCGUUAAAAAAGCCCAUGUGGUACAAGAAAAUAAAGUGCGGGAAAUGGCUCCAAAACAAGUUGUGACUAAUACCAUGAACUCGUGCCCUGCAGGUCUUGAAUACAACCAGUUCAGAACUUUGGAUCCCUGAACAUUGCAGGACUAUUUUUCUUUCCUUAGAUCUUGUUCCAGAGACUGGCUAGCUGGAGACUACAGUGUUCAUUCGUCCAGAAUUCUCGAGUAUCUGUUGGAUCUUUGGCUUUACCACUGGAUAAUUUAUGCUGGAGCUGGAUUGGAUUCUACCUUGCUCCAAUAAAAGAGAAAUAUUUAGCCUUUGUUGAAGAAGUCAGACAUUUUUAUGAGAAAAGAAAAACAAAAUGGAUUCAGUGACUUUAUUUUAUCUCUGUCAAGUAAUCAAUUGUAAAUAAACGUCUAGCCUUCUUACCUUGUCACUAAAUAUAAUUUGUAUGCAAUAAAUUAUAUUUCUUAGUUUAACAAUA